CUGACCUGAUGGGCCACCUGGCUCAUAUGCAGACUUUAAUUUCACUUCGAAGUUGCUGUUUGCCUCUUUUUUAGAGCGAAUGCUCAUGCAAAACAUUGUACAUGAAAUGACUUGAAUUUCAAGAGAAUGAACGGACAGGUGACAUGCAUUUUCAUUCGAAUAGUUAUGCACAAAGACUCAUUUUGCCACAGACGCAAAAGUCAACUAUUCAUCCAUGAGCUGGUUCAGGGGGCCUUUGAUUUGGUAUUGCCUUUACAUGUUAAUUUCUAAGUAUAAAUGAAUAUGUCAUCUUUGAUUUCAGCAGGUGCGUAGAGGGACAGUAAAGUAUCCUUAGUUGGUUUUCUUGAGGGAAAAUGGUACAGUCAAGGAACUUCAUGUAAGCCUCACUACAGUGUAUCUUGAUAAACAUGGCUGCUGUUGCACCUUCACCCCUGGCCAGCUCGGCGGAGAAGACAAAUGGAGCCAAGCUGAGCAGACGUCUUAUUGAUGGUGGAGCAACGGUUCUAAGGGAUGUCUUUGAUAGAUAUCAUCCUCCUGCAAACCUGGCUGCUGGUCUUAAUGCAAACUUUGUUACUCUGACCAAUCUUUCCAGAAAAAAGGUUUUACAUAAACCUCAGUGGGAUCUACUGUUCCCACCCGGUGGAGCCACCCCAGACUCCAAAACAUUUGAUAUCACUCUUCUGUUUCUUCUUCUGACCAACAUUUGUGGACUAUCCCCUCCCCUCUCAGGGUGGCACAAACUACCACCUUCAAGUGACACCUCUCGUGAGGCUAAUCUUACUCGUAUUAAGCUAUAUCGUAAUGAGCUGUAUGGUCACGUGACGUCCACGGGCGUUCAAACAGCUGUGUUUAACGUUAAAUGGCAGGAAAUAAGUACUGUUCUUGUUGCUCUUGGGUUGAAUCCGGCUGAGGUGGUCAGAUUACAGUCAGCGCCUUGCGGCGAAGAUUACAUCAGCGCUGUGAUCGACUGGGCUAAAAAUGACGAGGAGAUUAAGUCACAGCUGGGAGAACUACGUAAGAGGCAACAUGAAGCAUGCCAGAUGCAAGAGGAAGACCAUGAAACUCUUCAACAUACACAUGAGGUUGUAAAGGAAGUUUUGAAAACCCAGCAAGAAACUUAUCAAAUAGAACGCAAACGUCACAAAACUAUUCAGGACACACAGCAGGCAGUUGAAGAUUUACGGCAGAUCGACCGAGACACACAGAAAGUGGUUACAGAAGUUUUCAAAAGCCAACAAGAGGUACGUCAGAAGCAACAAGAAACUGCUGAGCAAGUACGCUGGACCCAACUAGAAGAUCAUGAGACUCUUCAGAAUAACAAGUUAAAACUAGAUGAAGUACAUCAGACCCAAACCAAGACACAAGAAACUGUUGAGAGAGUUUGCCAGACCCAAGAAAAGCUUAUCAAAUCUGUUGAAGAGGCAUUUGCUUCCUUAAAAGAUGGAAGAGACGAUGAUAUUUCAGAAGAAGUCCUUAGGAAUCUCGCUAAGUCAGAGUUCAAAGGCGACAUUGAGUAUCAUGUAGGACGAUAUCAAGAAGGCACUCGUGAGUGGGUGUUUAACAAAGUUGAAAACUGGUUAGACGACAGGAAUUCUGAAAACCGUGUGAUGGUGAUCAGUUCAAAUGCAGGUAUGGGGAAGUCGGUCAUCUCUGCUGUUUUCUGCAAAAGAAUGCAAGAAGCUGGCAGACUGGCAGGAAGCCACUUUUGUCAGCAUAACAAUGCUCGUUACCGAAAUCCUCAGUUGAUGCUUCAGUCCUUGGCCUGUCACUUGUGCUAUGCCUUGCCAGACUACAAAGAAGCUCUUGUAAAACAGCUGUCAAGAAAUUUGGGUAAAGAUCUCAACAACAUGAGUGUGGAAGAACUGUUUGCGCUGCUUUUUAAAGAGCCUCUAAACAAUGUAGCUGACCCUGGAAGAAACAUGCUGAUAGUGAUAGAUGCUUUAGACGAAAGUGAUUACCAAGAACGCAAUGAGCUACUUGAUGUCCUUGCAAACCACCUUUCCAAGCUUCCACGUUGGAUCCGAUUCCUUUGUACGACUCGACCAGAGAGGAACAUUUCAGACGCAUUGAAACAUUUGAAGCCAUUUCAACUGGAAUCAAAUGAUGAUAAGAAUAUGGAAGACAUCAAGUGUUUCUUCAUUGAAAACAGGACACAAAAUCUAAUCAAACCAGAAAAGAAAAGCGCCAUAGUGGAAAAGCUUGUCGAAAAAUCUGAAGGGCUCAUGCUGUACGCCUAUUUUCUUGUUUUAUUUAUUGAAGAGAAUAAAUCAGUUCUGAACCAGGAAGAUCUUGAUGAUAGCUUGCCAUUAGCAAUUUCUUCAGCCUACCAUUCUUAUUUCAAACGACUAGAGAACGAACUUAAGAAGGAACUAGCCGUCAACGAAGAGAAUUUUCUGAACCUUCUUUGUGCUGUUAUCGCCUCCAGGGAGCCCAUACCAAUUGACUUUGUUUCUAAGCUAUUGGAACCCAGUGCCAGCUCAACACUUGCAAGGCGCAAAGUACUUAACGCUAUUAGCAGUGUGUCGUCACUUCUUCCUAUUCGUGAUGGCUGUCUCCACGUUGUUCACAAGUCGGUUAAAGACUGGUUGACAGACGCAUCUUGUUAUGGAGAGCAUGACUUCACCGUGGACGAGAAAGAAGGCCACCGUAUACUUGCAAGCCUCUGUGCCGAUGAACUUGAUCAUCUGAAGGAGAAAGGUGCACGUGACGCACAGUUUAGCGCCACAGAGAGGUAUGCGCUAGAUCAUGGUGUACGUCACAUGUUAGAGUUAGACAAGAAUAAGAGAUCACGGAGCCUGGAGGAAUGUGUACGAACAUACGUGACGGACUUGCAGGUUUUGUAUGCAAAGAUCUGUGUAAACAUUUCAACAGCAGCUGAAGACAUUUUAUGGAUUCAAAGUCAGGAACCCUCUCAUGUUCUGUCUGCAGAGAGUGAAGAUUUACUGAAAACCGUACUGUUUGUGUUUAGAAAGCAUUACAGCACAUUUAUGGAUCAUCCUUGGGUAUUUUUCCAAACCCUGCUGAAUGAGGGAGGAACAGUGCUUUCCAAAGAGGCAUUAAAAGUUUUGGAGGAGAAGUAUCCUGAAAUAGCGUACAUGGAGUACUUGGACAAGGAAGCUCACGAGAAGGCACCUCAAGCUGAAUUUUUAUGUUCAUCUCAAGUAAUUAGUUUUGAUGUUUCGCCUCAGUUAGACUACAUGGUGUGUGAAUGUAAAGAUGAACUUCUUAACCUGUGGUCACUCCGUACCGGCAAGCUCGUAUGGAAACGUCCUGUCAAGGUAAAGAAACCUUGUUCUCAUGAGAAAGAAGGAUACAGGAAAUGUCCAUCUUCACCCGUCUUGCUGUGCUACCGCUCAGUUGUUUUUCAUCCUACUAAGAAAGUUGUCUUGCCAGGAAUACUAAGUCAUGCUUAUGCUAUGGGCGGAGAGCUGACACCACUUUUUCCCCAAAGUACCUGUACUUUCACGGUUUGCUCAAUUUCAAAUUCAGGAGACAAGACUGCGAUGCUGUCAAAUUGCCUCGAUGAUGCUAGAUGCCUUGUCCUAUGGAGUCUAGAGGAUGGUUUAGAGAUAACCCGUACUACUAGAGGUGAAGACGUUUUAUCAUUUGCUUGUUCUCGAGAUGGAAAGAUGCUUGCGAUUUCCCAUUCUACGGGCUCAAUUUGUUUGGUAGAUGUAACUAGAGGUUUUAGAACACUAGCACAAGUGACGACCCCUAGAGUGUGUGGAAUGAUCAAGUUCUCCCCUGACCGUCAGUUCCUUUUCUGUUCGCAUGGAACACUGUCUGGUAAUGUCGACCGCUGUGUGUUUCAGCUUAAUGUCACGAGGUGUAGCAGUGGCACCUUUUCGUUAGAUGUUUUAGGUGAAAACGUUUCGUAUAAGCCAUUGGAAUAUGAAUCACGUAGUGAGACUGGAUUUUUGGCAGGAGAUCCUCUUUCGUGUAUUUUUGAGAGACCGUCCUUGAGGCCUAUUGGUUUAGGGUCAGGAUGUGACUAUGUUCUUGUAGAGGAGGCAUUUAUGUUUGUGUUAAGCAAACAGAGUGUGUUGAAAUGUUUUCCUGGAAAUGGUGGCAUUGUAAUGUUCAGUCCUGUUGAGCUUAGGAGCUUCACCAAUUCAUUUCACCACGAUUAUAAAUUUAUCGCCAAAGAUAUUACGUUUUCUUUAAAUGGCCAGCUCGUUUAUGUUGCUGCCAAGGAACGGACUGUAAGUAGAAUUGUCUUCGAUUCUUCAAAACAAGAGUUCGUUGAUAUGGGUAAACAAGAACUAACAAUUAUGGCUUGGGACGUUUUAAGUGGGGACCUCAAGGCAGAGAGGAGCAUUGAGUGUGGAAAGUGCAGUCGUCUUGUGCCUGUAAAAAAUGGGGUUUUGUUGACAACCAGAAACACUUUCCCUGAACUGUGGAAUUUUGAGUUGUCUGAAUGCAUUCGCAGUUGGCCAAAUGUACGUUACAUCAGAGAGAUGAUGCCCAUAUCAGAGGAACGGGUAGCGUGUGUGCUGAAAGGAAAUGAGGUGAACGUCCUGGAUACAGCAAGCACAGACGUGGCAACAAUCCCAUUUUUCCAUGAAGGAUUUGAGUCAACAAUUCUGAGGUUGGACAGAGAAGCUAUAGCAUGUAACAGCAGAUGUCAGCUGUUGUCCACUGACCGCCAUUCAGUUCAGUUGUCUGAUAGUAGAGGCCGUAUACUGUGGAGAAGGCCUUGGUCUGAUUCUCUGUUAUGUUCCUAUAGUCUACCUGGAAUGUUCUCGCCUACGGAAGAAUUAGUUGUUAUCUCGGUCAAAACUCCUGAGGAUGACCAAAGUGUAUACCUCCUCGAUGCAUCGUCAGGAAAGACAUGCGUUUCUUUGUGUCGAGGUACUUACUUCUUUGACUGUAAGUUUGUCAGUGACGACGAGUGUGUUAUUGACUCCCAAGACAGCUCACGUGCUAUCCAUAUUCGACUGUUUAACAUUAAGUCUGGCGACCUACUUAGUGUUAUUGCUAGACAGAUGAAAACAUCCUGUUUAGCAGUUUGCCCUCUUAAACGUCUCCUCGCAUUUGACGUAGUUGCAGACGGCGACUCAAAACGCAUUUUCAAACUUCUCCACGUGAAGCUCCCACGUGAUAAAGGCAACAGCAAUAGCAAAAGCAUUACCAAGUAACUGUAGAUCAAAGACAGCUGGAAAACGAGGAGUGUUCUUGUCUUGCGAUGAAUGAUGAUGACGAUGAUGGUGACGACCAUGAUAACCUUGAUCCCGAUGCUUGGCCCGGCUUGACUUUCUUUGAGCCUGCAGACAGUCUACGAUGGUUAUUCCGGUGAAGAUGUUAAUCCCCGAGCUUGGCUUCGCUUUCUUGAGCUUGCAGACAGUCUGCGAUGCUAGCUACGACGUCGUGUAACGAGGAAGCGCGCGCGAAUUUCCUUCUUCUCGUUCUACUGACAAGCACGGCAGCGUGGAGUGCAUCUUCUUUAAUCCCAGCAAACCGCGCCGUGUCCUGGAGGCUGUCUUGACAUUGCCCUUGACAGGAGAAUUUUUCCACGUGAUUUUUUUAAUGAACCAAGUUAGUUUCAAUAGUAAUAUUAAAAGAUAUCAAGACUAAUUGGAAGCUUAACAAAUGGACUUCAUUUUGCCGUGCGUCUGUUCAGUUCUAAAUGCACAGAUGCCGUAGAAACAUGGUCAGAACAAAACAGUUGACUGUCAGACAAAGUACUGUAAAGUGGAUAGAUAUAGCAAAGACAAGGUGGCGUACCAGCGAGGGCUGAGUACAAAGUCUACAAGCGCGAAACUUACAAAAACCUGCCGUGACCUUAUUGGGAGAACAUUAGCACGAGCACCGGAAGUUGAAAUCAAGUCGUGCCCAGUCUAUUCCGUGCGUUCUCGCGUGUUAGUUUCAUUCAACUGAACGGACCAAGGAAAAAAUGGAAUCUACUUGUGUUAUAAUAAUAAUGAUAAUGAUAAUGAUAAAGAUGAUGAUAAUGAUAAUACGCACGACACAAUAAACUUCGGAAUAAGUGCAAGAACUUGAAAACGUUAGGAACACAAUGAAAAUGUAUUCAAAAAAAUCAUUGCCUAAAGUUGUUCUACGAAGAAUUAUGUCUGCUGCCCUUUAGUGAAUUUUCACUUCAUACUAUUCAAGAAAUUUUAAUUUUAUAAUCAACUGGUAAUAUUUGAUCGCUAGGUAGAAUUGUUUAUUUUCAGCAAUGAAUAUUUUAGAUUAAUUAGGGUCUAGGGAUACUUUGUAAAUACUAGUUAAGGCCUAAUUCAUUACAGAGUAUCCGUGUAACUUGAACCUAAUCAUAAGCUUGGACAUGUUUUGUACAGAUUCACAACAAUGUUUGCAUUAUUUUAGUGUGUGACUGGAGAAGACGCCUCAAAAUCAGGCUAGAAUUUUAGCAGAUUUCAUAAAGCAUGUAAGAACUAAUGUAAAAUAGAUGUUCAAAUUAGGAGUUUAGAGCUCAAGCCUCCAACUUUUUACAAAAAGAAUAAUUGAUUUUGUGUAUCACAUCAUUGUAGAAGAAUUUUUUCCUCAGUACUAUACAAGAUUCUAUGAAAAUAGUCAUGUAAGUUUAGCGUAUAUGAAAGGACUAUCAGUGUCGCGCUUUUAUAAUACCACAUUCGAUAUUGUGCAAAGAAACGUUUUUUAAAGGAAAAUACAGGAACGCGUGAACCGUCGUGGUUAAUAAAGUAUUUGGCCAGUGCUGAGUAAUUUGCCUAUUAAAAAAGUAGCGCUAGCAUAAAGAUUUAGAUUGCUUUUUUUUUGUGAAAAACUGACAGAAUGCUGAGGAUCUGUCACGGUGGAUUCUUUGGGUUUAAAUGGAGUGCUUGUUUUUCUUGUAAUCUAUCACUGUAUUGUAAGAUAUGUAACUCUUUGAUGAUAAAGUCUGUUUUGUAGUUUUAUUGUGCAAGUGACGAGAAUACUUUAAAAUGAAAGACGAUGAAGUCUGAGUCAACUUAAUUGUCUCAGGAAGACUUUUGUUGUGAUCCAGGCAAAAUAAACAUAAUGUUGGUUGUCAGUUUACCGUUGUCUAACUUUACUUGGUGUGCCUGUGGUAUGAAAGUCAAAUGUCGAUGAUUGACACUGAAGUAAUUUAAUUUGCAAGAGUGAUUACUCUAAUGUUCAUUGUUAAGAAGAAAUAAAAUAAAAUAAGUUAUCAGCUGGU